AUGUCGCGGCCUUCGCAAGGCGGGAGUAGUGUGGGUGGUGGCAGGCCGCCUUCGAGCGCGAGCUCCAUUGCGCGAUCGAGCGAUGGCAGGAUGUUUGGCGGGCAAAGAGACAGCGCGAAGAUGAACGUAAACCCGCAUAAUGAGGACGCGCUGCAGAAGCACUAUGUCACGUUGAAAGCGUGGUUGAACUCGAGUCUGCAUGACGCGCAGGGGAAUAUGAAGCCGAAUCGCGCACGCGAUAAGUUGCUGCGGUUGUCGGUGACGCAGUUCAUGGAGCUCAGUACGGACGUGUACGACGAGUUGAACCGACGGGAGGAUCAUCGGAUGCAGAAGUUUGCGAACGUACCUCCUGCCCUCCCGCCGAAGCAGAACUUCCACCCGAAACGAAACCAGGCCAGGCAAAAACUUUCGACACUUCCAUUGGACCGGUUUAGGCAGCUGGCUACAGAUGUGUACUACGAGCUUGAGCGUCGCAUACCCAGGUUUGCUGCCGGCGAUAUCGAUCGACCGAUGAGCGGAACCAGCAUGCGUGCGCCGAGUCGAGGAGGCAUGCGGCCACCACCUCCUGGGUUCCGGCCUCCUCCACCUAGCGCUGGCGGAAGACCACCCAUGAGUCCGGGCGGGCCUAACAGCAUGGGAGGGCCGAAUAGUAUGAGCGGACCCAAUGGUAUGGGCCCGCCCAGACCGCUUCCGAAGACGUUCCAGAGUAAUACUAUGGUACCUAACAAGAGCACGAUGGUCGAGGACGAUGAUGACGAUGAGGAGGAAGAAGCGUUCCGGUUGGACAACCGCUUCAGCGAGGCUACUCGUAGCGUCAGUGCUGGGAAUGCGAUCAGUAAUGCCGAGGACAAGGAGAGGUUGCAAGCGCAGGAGGCGGAGAUUGCAGAUCUGAAGAGCAAGAUGGAGGAGUUAGAGAGCCAGUUGAGUGAGAAGGAUGACUCGUUCAGCAGUCUGCGCGAAGAGCUCGAGCAGAAGCACAUGGACGCUCAGAAACUCAACGAGAACCUGCGAAACGAGCUUGACCAGCUUCAUCGGGAGAAGAGUCAGGAUGAGCGGGACAUCCGAGCACAACACGACCGUACUGUUGAGGACUUUCGGAUACAACUUGACAAUGCGCAUAGCCAGAGCGACGAUUUACGGGCGCAGCUGGAUAAUGCUCAUGGCCAGAGCGAUGAUCUGCGAGAGCAGCUGGACAAUAUCCACAGUCAGACUGAAGAUCUUCAUCAGCAGUUGGAGACCCACCAAACUGAGGCGGAGGAACUUCGAUCGCAGCUUGAAAAGGGCCCGGAGCGAACAGUUGACAGCACCGAUUACACACGCCGAAUCGACCUCCUGCAGCAGGAGCUUGCGAACCAGGAGAAGAUCACCAAGGAGGUCCGAGACGAGGCUACCAUGUACUUGCGAGAGAUGCGCGACCUCAGCAGAGAGAACGACAAAGCCAUCGAGCAGGAAGAGAAGCUUGCCGCUCAAGUCACCAAGCUCGAGAAGGAGAUUGACGACUGGCGGCAGCGAUACGCCGAAGUCAAGGCGCAGAACAAGAGUCUGCGUGCUUCUGCUCUGGGUCUUGGACUGCAAACGACUUUCGACGCUGGAAGUCUGCUCAGGAAGGAAGCUCUGCUCUCUGAAGGCGGCCUUGUCAAGGACCUCGACGUCUCCCGCUUCCAACUCUCCAUUGACGAGCUCCUGAAGACGGCACGACAGACCAGCACAGAACCCAUGCUCACCUCCGUCAAGAACGUCGUCCUCAGCGUCCAAUCCAUCACGUCCGCCAUCGGCACCGACGGCUACCCCACCCCCUCACCCUCACCACACUCCCCGGACAGCGCCGCCCCGCAACAGCAAACCCUCCCAGUAGCGAAGCUCAAAGCCCGCGUGACCGGCACAGCCAACAGCCUCAUCACAGCGACCAAACAACACGCCUCCGCCUCCGGCCUCUCGCCCGUCGCUCUCCUAGACGCCGCAGCUUCCAACCUCACAUCCUCCGUCAUCGAGCUCGUCAAAGCCGUCGGCAUCCGUCCCUCGCCCAAAUCAGAACUCGAAGACGCCGAAGUCGAAGCAGUCCGCGACCCUCACGAGUCCGUCGGGUCAUUCUACGAUGACAGGCUCUCGGAUAUGGCGUCCCCGACUGGCGACGGGACGUUUUCGCCUUCUGAAAACGGGAACGAGGGCUCAGCGCCAGCGGUGCAGAUUAGUGCUCCGGACAACAAACCAGCGGCUUUUGGUGGGAUAGGGAGGAGCGGGACGUUGAAGAAGGUGAAUGGGUGGUUUGGGUGGGGCGCGAAGCAGGAGGAGAUGCCUACGACGCCUACGACGCCGACGGUGGCGGUGGGGCAGGUUAAUGGGAAUGGGAAUGGGAAUGGGGCGGGGCAGGGGGAGGAGUAUGAUCCUUACCGGUAG